AUGGCGAAGAACGACCUCCUCGUCCUUACUGGAGCCACCGGCUUCCUGGGCUUCAAGACCCUAGUCUUGGCCCUUGAAGCAGGCUACAACGUCCGCAUCGUCGUCCGAUCCGCCGCCAAGGCCAGUAAGGUCCUCAACUCGCCCUCCAUCAAGGCAUUGAACCCUUCCGCAGAGAAGCUCUCCCACGUUAUCGUCGAGAACAUGGAGAUUCCCGGUGCCUUUGACGAAGCCCUCAAGGGAGCGACCUAUGUCAUCCACUGCGCCUCUCCCAUCCCCAGCUUUGGCGGCGAGGCUGUUACUCAGGAGCAGUACAACGAGUACUUCAUCCAGCCUGCUGUCCGAGUGACGAUUGGGCUCCUUGAAAGCUGCCGCAAGGCUGGCACCAUUCGACGCGUUGUCAUCACCAGCUCCGUUGCCGCCAAUAUCCCCUGGCAAUACUACCUUGGCCAAGGAGACGACAAGAUCUUCACCGCCGAGAGCCGCAUUCCCGUCGACAAGGGGCCCUACGAGUCCGAGUUCCAGGCCUACAGCGCCAGCAAGGCCGCUGCUCUGAACGAGUCCGAGGCUUGGAUCGCAAAGAACAAGCCCAACUUCGACCUCAUCAGCAUCCUUCCCGGCUGGAUCUGGGGCUACGACGAGCUGGCCACGUCGCCCAAGGACUUCGAGUCCAGCUCGACCAACUCCGUCCUCCUGGGUUUCCUCCGAGGCUCUCAGACCACUGUCGGAGCCCACAGCAAUUCAGUGCUGGUUGACGACGCUGCAAAGAUCCACGUCUUGGCUCUGGAUCCCAAGAUUCCAGGCAACCAAGCCUUCCUCGCCGUGGCGGAUAGCGUUGACGGUAAGCCGUGGGAAGAAGCCAUUCCCAUCCUCAAGAAGAACUACCCGGAAGCAAUCGAGAAGGGACUCCUGAAGACGACUGGAAAGCAGCCAACUAUUUACAUCCGCCUCGACGGUAAGAAGACGGAGCAGACUUUUGGUUUCAAGCUUGCUGGGUAUGAAGAGCAGGUCAAGAGCUUGGUGGACCAGUAUCUCCAGAUUGUCAAGGCUUAA